AUGGCAAAUCGAUGUUAAUUUGAAAACUCCAAUGAUAUUGGUGUCUUUUCUAAACUUACAAAUGCAUACUGUCUUGUUGCACUUGGAGGAAGUGAAAAUUUCUAUUCUGUGUUUGAAUCUGAACUUGGAUUAAGUAUGCCAGUCAUCCAUUGUUCAAUUGGAGGCACAAGAAUUAUUGGAAGAUUGACUGCAGGAAAUAAAAAUGGAUUAUUAGUACCAAAUACAUGCACUGAUUAAGAACUCAAGUAAAUCAGAAAUUCAUUGCCAGAUGAAGUUAAAGUUAAAAGAGUUGAAGAGAAAUUAUCAGCUUUAGGUAAUUGUGUGGCUUGUAAUGAUUAUGUUGCUUUGAUACAUUCUGAUUUGGAUAAAGAGACAGAGGAAAUAAUUGCCGAUACUUUGGGAGUUGAAGUUUUCAGAACAACUGUGGCUUAAUAGGUUUUGGUUGGAACUUAUUGUUGCUUUAAUAAUCAAGGAGGAUUGGUGCAUCCAUUGACAACAGUAGAAGAAUUAGAUGAAUUAGCUAAUUUACUAUAAAUACCAUUGUGUGCUGGUACUGUAAACAGAGGUAGUGAUAUCAUAGCAUCUGGUCUUGUUGUUAAUGAUAUUGCUGCUUUUUGUGGUUUGGAUACGACAUCUACAGAAAUCACAGUGAUUGAAAAAAUCUUCAAAUUGUAAGAUAAAAAUAAGUAAAAUAUGGAAGUGUAAAUUCGUUAAGAUAUGAUGCAAGAGUUGGAAUGAUCUAAUAAUUAUGUUGAUUAAUAUUAUGUAUAUCAUUUAAUUUCAAUAUUAUCAGCUGAA